AUGCAACUCCGCAAAGCCGCACGCAUCAUCUUGGUCGGUGCCCCCGGCGUNGGCAAGGGCACUCAGUCUGAGCGUAUGCUCCAACGAUUCCCUCAACUAGCCUCGAUCAGCUCUGGAGAUCUUCUGAGAGAUAACGUACGCAGACGCACUCCGCUCGGUACCAUCACCCUUCGUCUCGUCAUACAUCAAAUGCUGACUCUCAAACUCCANGGCAUCCAAGCCGAAUCCCUCAUGAAAGCGGGAGCUCUUGUCCCCGACUCGACCAUCUUGCGCCUGAUCACAAACGAGUUGACUACACGAGGCUGGCUUACUCCUUCUACAACACAGAAGCCUAUGAUCAUGAACUCCGUCGCUGCUUCCAUCAGCACCCACGAGGCUUUCGCAUCCUCUCAAGACGACUACGUUACUCCCACAUCCUCGCACCAGGGUAACUACAACUUCAGUGAUCAGCCGAAUGCCUCCUUCAUCCUUGACGGCUUCCCUCGCACUGUCGAUCAAGCCAUUCAACUCGACAAGUUGGUCCCCAUCAACCUCGUCGUCCAGUUGAACACUCCCACUUCGGUCAUCCUCGAUCGCAUCUGUAAUCGUUGGAUUCACGCUGCCUCAGGUAGAGUGUACAACACUACCUUCAAUGCGCCAAAGGUCGAAGGCAAAGACGACAUCACCGGAGAAACGCUGGUGCAAAGAGACGACGACAAACCGGAGACUUGGAUGGCUCGCCUGAAGAAGUUCGAAGAGACUAGCCAACCUCUGCUCGAACACUACGACCAGCUUGGUGUUCUCUGGAGAGUCGAAGGCAACAGCAGUGAUGAAAUCACUCCCAAGCUCUUUGACGAGUUCAACAAGAGAUUUGGAUUGCCAUGA